AUGGCAGACCAAAUUCACAUCUUCUCCUCGCAGGAACUCCCUUCCCAACACGCACCGUCAGAGCCAUUUGCGUCAUCGCCGCUUGCACCUUCGUCAAGUACAGGUAGCAGGAAGCCUAAGAAACCACCACCUAUUACCCCCAAACGCUUUACCCGCUUCUUCACGCCGCGCACAUCCUCGAGUACGAGAGGAGGAGGGGCUUCUACCGGCAAAUCAGGGAGGCAAUUGCGCGAUAUCACCCGCAAUGGGCGGAAUGGCAGCGCACCAUCCAAGUUGGGGACCCCGAGGAAGACUGUAUCCUUCGCGGAUAUAACAUCUGAGGACCAGGAGAACAUCAGCACACCUAGGCUUGGAUCGAAGCGGAAAUACAAUGGGCUCUUACCUUCUCCCGCGAGCUCGCCGAUGCAGCCUUCACCGUCUAAACGAGGACGGUCGGUUAGCCCCUCGAUCGCUCAAGUACCCGCAAUCGAGGACGAUGAAGAUGGAUUGUCUGUUCGAGGCUCGAGUCCUGUGGAGGCACCGUCUGAGCCUGCACGUAUACGUCGAAUAAAAGCCACCGGCACCGCUGCACGGAUUCUGCAGCGCUCAUUCGGCGGGCUGUCUGUUAGGGAUAGGGGGAGACGUAAUGAUCAUUGCGCCGACUGGCACGACCAAACGUCCGAUUUCUACAGCAUGCCGGAAGACUGCCAUCAGUUUGCAAGCCCAUCAUUGCCGUUCUGUACGGCUAGUUGCAACACGAAUACACUAGUCGCCAUCGGGGAUGAAGACGGGAGUAUAACGCUUCUCGAAUCCGCCAAAGACGGCAAGCCACCGUUCACGCAGGCGCAUAUAUCAUUCCGUACCCACAGCAAUGCCGUCAUGGACCUAGCUUUCUCAUCGGAUGACCUACUUCUGGCAACAGCAUCCGGAGACCAAACGGCUCACGUGAUCGAUAUGCAAACCCAGCGGACGAAAUACGUAAUGGCUGGCCACGUGUCUUCCGUGAAGCAGGUGUGCUUCCAGCCGGACAACGACAAUGUUAUCGCGACAUCAAGCCGGGACGGUACUGUACAGUUGUGGGACCUGAGGUGUAAAGGGUCGGAGGGCGCAAUCCAAGAUCUUCGCAUUCCCCUAGAGCCUGGCCUCAGCAGCCGCGUAAAUGAUCAGCACAAAGUAACUUACGCGACCGUCUACAAUUCCAUUGCCGGUGCGCACACGGACCGCCAACCACUAGGAGCCUUGCAGAACAUCGCAAAUGCGGCCAGUGGGAGAGACGCGUUACUGAGGGGUGAGAAUCCCUCGAGACGUGGCGACGUGUCCAUCACGGCCUUAUCUUUCCUACCGGCAAGCCGCUCGCAUCUCUUACUCACCGCCUCCGAAGCCUCCACCUGUGUCAAGCUCUGGGACAUCCGUAGCCGUCCCUCACGCCGGGGCCCUGCCAUCGCAGUAGCAUCGACCAAGCAGCCGGACUCGCACAGCCGGCACCGCCACUUCGGCAUCAACUCCAUCGCGCUGAGCGGCGAUGGCGCGCGGCUCUAUGCGCUCAGCAGGGACAGCACGGUCUACGCGUACUCGACGAACCACCUGAUUCUGGGCACGGCGCCCGAGUUCUCGGCAUUGUCCAGUCGGCACCGCUACGGCAGCGAGAGCAAAGAGGGCCUGGGCCCGCUGUACGGCUUCAGACACCCGAAGUUCCACGCGACUUCUUUCUACGUCAAGACGUCUUUGCGGAAGGCAGUAGGCGACAGACCCGAGAUGCUCGCUGUGGGGAGCAGUGAUGGGUGUCCCGUGCUCUUCCCGACGGAUGAGACGUUCCUCAAGCUUGCUCGCAGCGACCCCCACAACGACUCCGAGGACACCACACCGGCAUCUACACCACCACCCCGACGUCCCGUCCCCCGGAGAUCCACGAGCGGCGUCGCCUCAGCACGUAUUAACGACACCAUCCCCGUCUACGAGAACGGUACGGCGCUUGUGCGUGGGCACUCAAGAGAGGUGACCGGCUCGACGUGGACAUCUGAGGGGGAUCUCAUUACUAUCAGCGACGACUUCUCGGCGAGGUGUUGGAGGGAGGGGGCCCAGGCUAGGGAGCUGAGGCUUGGUGGGGAGGCCGAGGGGAGAAGGUGGGCGGCUGGGUGGGCGGAGGUUGGUGGGGAGUUAGAUGAGGAGGAGUGA